GCCCCCGCCGCGCGCCGUCCGCCCCGCCCUGCCCCUUGGCGCGUGCGCGGGCCCGCCUCGUGCCCUGGCGCGCGUGCGCGGUUGCCUGCGCGCGGCGCUUCCGGGCGGCGGGGCAGGAUGGUGCUGCUGGAGAGCGAGCAGUUCCUGACGGAGCUUACCAGGCUUUUUCAGAAGUGCAGGACUUCGGGGAGCGUUUUCAUAACGCUGAAGAAAUAUGAUGGCCGAACAAAACCAGUCCCGCGGAAAGGCCACGCAGAAAGUUUUGAACCAGCAGACAAUAAGUGUCUUCUGAGAGCAACUGAUGGAAAGAAGAAAAUCAGCACAGUGGUGAGCUCAAAGGAAGUAAAUAAAUUCCAGAUGGCAUAUUCAAAUUUGCUGAGAGCUAACAUGGAUGGUUUGAAGAAAAAAGACAAGAAAAGCAAAAACAAGAAGAGUAAAGCAACACAGUGACAGAACGUGUCCUGCCAUCACUGUAACAGACUUUGACCCUUGCUCAAAGCAAAGUCCAUUUCUUUUUGAGUUACCACUUGUCUUUGGCUUUCCUUCCAGCAGGAUACUGGGAUGUGAUCAGUACUUGUGUUUAAACUGAGAGCAGAAGAUGCUUUCUGUGGAUUCUUACAUGGCAGGAGUAUUUACAGGGUUAUACCGAAAUAGCUUUACACUCAGCUGCCAACUAGUUUUGUACUUUUACUGAUGUUUGUUUUGUAUUAUACAAGUGGGCAGUGUAAAACCUGUUUGGGGGGUAACACAAGGUGAAGAGAAAUGCACUAUACCAGGAGCAAACCAAGACUGGAGCAGGAGUCUGGUGACAGGUGUUCAGUUUUACAGAUAAGCCGCAGUAGUGCUAGGGAAAAUGGGUGCCAAUGUAUUAUCAGGAACAGCAGCUUUCCUGUUUCUUAGUUUGAGGGAGGUGUCUAUGUGAUGCAGUGCAGAUACCCCUAAGGCAGCCAGCACAGCAUGUGAGCUUUUGCAGAGCUAGGCAGCUGUGUCCUUGUUCCACUGGCUGCUCCAGCUGCGCUGACCCUGGCUCAGGAUGGGGGGAGGGCAGGACUCUGCAUCAUGUUCCCUUCAGACAGGGCUUGAAAAUUUUUAGCUUGUGUUACCUAAACUUUUUUUUUUUUUAAAGCUUCAUCCUUCAGUAUAUUCAGGGAUCUGAAUUUCCCUAUACUUCACAUCUUAAAGUAGCUCCUUUGUAUGAGCAGAUGUAAAAGGUGAAUACUUAAUUGUUCCUAUUAAACACAAUAAGAAAUGCA